AUGGAGAGUGAACUGAAAAGGAAUUAUUCGGAAUUGACAGAAUUUAUUCUUCUGGGAUUCAGAACAUCUCCAGAAAUACAGAUUCUUUUAUUCUUACUGUUCUUGCUUGUUUACAUGGUCAUCGUGGUGGGGAAUAUCAGCAUGAUAAUUGUCAUUAAGGUGGACUCUAAACUUCAUACACCUAUGUAUUUUUUCCUCAGAAAUUUGUCCUAUUUAGACCUUUGUUACUCCACAGUCAUAGCUCCAAAAUCUUUGGCCAAUUUCCUGUCCAAGGAAAAGAAAAUUUCUUACAAUGGGUGUGCAACACAAUUCUUUUUCUUUGCUCUCUUUGUUGGUACUGAAGGCUUUCUUCUGGCUGUGAUGGCAUAUGAUCGCUUCUCAGCCAUUUGUUCACCUUUCCUGUAUACUGUACGUAUGUCUCACCAGGCUUGUGUCCGUUUAGUUGUUGGUUCCUAUAUCUGUGGAUGCAUCAAUUCUAUGAUUCAAACAGGCUUCACCUUCAGUUUGCGUUUCUGUGGUGAAAAUCGACUAGAUCACUUUUUCUGUGAUGUCCCUGCCCUAAUCAAGAUUUCUUGUGUCAAUACUUUUGUCAAUGAGAUUGUGCUGUUCAUUCUUUCUGCUUUCAUUAUCAUCACCACCACAACAGUCAUUCUGGUUUCUUAUGCUUAUAUCCUCUCUACUGUAUUGAAGAUCCCUUCAACCCAUGGCAGAAGUAAAACCUUCUCCACUUGUACCUCUCACAUCAUUGUGGUGAGUUUAUUUUAUGGAACUGUGUUCUUCAUGUAUGCCCAACCUGGGGCCAUCUCCUCACCAAAGAAAAGCAAGAUUAUAGCAGUGUUCUACACUCUUAUCAUCCCCAUGCUAAAUCCUCUGAUUUAUAGCCUAAGGAACAGAGAGGUGAAAAAUGCUGUGAAAAGGCUAUUGUUAAAAAGAAUAUCUUUCCUUUGA